GAGGUCCAGGAUGGCACUGCCUCUCAGCUCCUACCUCAGCUGCUGUUUGGCUGUGCUCUCGCUUCUCCCCUCCCUGAGUCUGGCCCAGUAUGAGGGCUGGCCCUACUACCCUGAGUACUUCCAGCAGCCUGCUCCUGAGUACCACCAGCCACAGGUGCCCUCUGACGUUGUCAAGAUCCAGCUGCGCCUGGCCGGGCAGAAACGGAAGCACAGUGAGGGGCGAGUGGAGGUGUAUUACAAUGGGGAGUGGGGCACUGUCUGUGAUGACGACUUCUCCAUCCAUGCUGCCCACGUGGUCUGCCGGGAGCUGGGAUACGUGGAGGCCAAGGCCUGGACUGCCAGCUCCUCUUACGGCAAGGGGGAAGGGCCCAUCUGGUUGGACAAUGUCCACUGCACUGGCAGGGAGGCCACCCUGGCAGCCUGUUCUUCCAAUGGCUGGGGCGUCACUGACUGCAAGCACACGGAAGACGUGGGUGUGGUGUGCAGUGACAAAAGGAUUCCUGGGUUCAAAUUCGACAACUCAUUCAUCAACAACGUAGAGAACAUGAACAUCCAGGUGGAGGACAUCCGGAUCCGAGCCAUCCUCUCAGCCUACCGCAAGCGAACCCCGGUGACUGAGGGCUACGUGGAGGUGAAGGACGGCAAGACCUGGAAGCAGAUCUGUGACAAGCACUGGACAGCUCAGAACUCUCACGUGGUCUGCGGCAUGUUCGGCUUCCCUGGGGAAAAGACUUACAACACCAAAGUGUACAAGAUGUUUGCUGCGCGGAGGAAGCAGCGCUACUGGCCGUUCUCCAUGGACUGCACCGGUACAGAGGCCCACAUCUCCAGCUGCAAGCUGGGCACCAAGGUGUCGCCAGACCCUGUGAAAAAUGUCACCUGUGAGAAUGGGCUGCCUGCAGUGGUGAGUUGUGUGCCGGGCCAGGCCUUCAAUCUCGAUGGACCCUCAAGAUUCCGCAAAGCCUAUAAGCCAGAGCAACCCCUGGUGCGUCUGAGAGGUGGUGCCAAUGUCGGAGAGGGCCGCGUGGAGGUGCUGAAGAACGGAGAGUGGGGCACCAUCUGCGAUGACAAAUGGGAUCUAGUGUCUGCCAGCGUGGUCUGCCGAGAGCUGGGCUUUGGGAGUGCCAAAGAGGCCAUCACCGGUUCCAGGCUGGGCCAAGGGAUAGGACCUAUCCACCUGAACGAAAUUGAGUGCACAGGGAAGGAGAAGUCCAUCAUCGACUGCAAAUUCAAUGCGGAGUCUCUGGGCUGCAGCCAUGAGGAAGAUGCAGGUGUGAGGUGUAAUGUCCCUGCCAUGGGCUUCCAGAAAAAGCUGCGCCUGAAUGGGGGCCGUAACCCCUACGAGGGCCGUGUGGAGGUGCUGGUGGAGAGAAAUGGGUCCCUGGUAUGGGGGACAGUGUGUGGAGAGAACUGGGGCAUUGUGGAGGCCAUGGUGGUCUGCCGGCAGCUGGGCCUCGGCUUUGCCAGCAAUGCUUUCCAGGAGACCUGGUACUGGCAUGGGAAUAUCUACUCCAACAAAGUGGUCAUGAGUGGAGUGAAGUGUUCGGGAACAGAGCUCUCCCUGGCACACUGCCGCCAUGAUGAGGAUGUGGCCUGCCCCCAGGGUGGGGUGCAGUACGGGGCCGGAGUCGCCUGCUCAGAAACCGCCCCUGACUUGGUCCUCAACGCAGAGACCGUCCAGCAGACCACCUACCUUGAGGACCGGCCCAUGCAAAUGCUUCAGUGUGCCAUGGAGGAGAACUGCCUCUCAGCCUCAGCCGCCCAGACAAACCCCACCACGGGCUACCGCCGCCUCCUGCGCUUCUCCUCCCAGAUCCACAACAACGGCCAGUCUGACUUCCGACCCAAGAACGGCCGCCACGCGUGGAUCUGGCAUGACUGCCACAGGCACUACCACAGCAUGGAGGUGUUCACCCACUACGACCUGUUGAACCUCAAUGGCACCAAGGUGGCAGAGGGCCACAAAGCCAGCUUCUGCUUGGAGGACACAGAAUGUGAAGGAGACAUCCAGAAGAGUUACGAGUGUGCCAACUUUGGUGAGCAGGGCAUCACCAUGGGCUGCUGGGACAUAUACCGCCACGACAUCGACUGCCAGUGGAUCGACAUCACCGACGUGCCACCUGGAGAAUACCUGUUCCAGGUCAUCAUCAACCCCAACUAUGAGGUUGCAGAAUCUGACUACAUCAACAACAUCAUGAAGUGUAGAGCCCGCUAUGAUGGCCACCGCAUCUGGAUGUAUAACUGCCACAUAGGUGGUUCCUACAGUGAAGAAACGGAAAAGAAGUUUGAGCAAUUCAGUGGACUCCUAACUAACCAGCUCUCCACGAGGUAG